UCACUUUCCGCGGGGAAGUGUGUAAGGGAUAGGGGAAACUUUGAAAGUUGGAUGCUGCAGAACCCGGUUCUUUUUCUUGCUGCAUCUGGAGGCAUGGGUAGCAAGAAACUAAGACGAGUGGGUUUAUCACAAGAGCUGUGUGACCGUCUGAACAGACAUCAUAUCGUUACCUGUCAGGACUUUCUAUGUCUUUCUCCACUGGAGCUUAUGAAGAUGACUGGCCUUAGUUAUCAAGGUGUCCAUGAACUUCUGUGUGUGGUUAGCAGGGCCUGUGCACCACAGAUGCAAACGGCUUAUGAGAUAAAGACACAGAGGUGUGCUGCUCACUCAUCUGCAUUUUUGUCUACAACCCUGUCUGCUUUGGAUGAAGCCCUGCAUGGUGGUGUAGCUUGUGGAUCCCUCACAGAGAUUACAGGUCCCCCAGGUUGUGGAAAAACUCAGUUUUGUAUAAUGAUGAGCAUUUUGGCUACAUUACCUACCAACAUGGGAGGAUUAGAAGGAGCUGUUGUGUACAUUGACACAGAGUCAGCAUUUAGUGCUGAAAGACUAGUUGAGAUAGCAGAAUCUCGUUUUCCCAGAUAUUUUGACACUGAAGAAAAACUACUUUUGACAAGCAGUAAAGUUCAUCUUUAUCGGGAACUCAGCUGUGAUGAAGUUCUACAAAGGAUUGAAUCCUUGGAAGAAGAAAUUAUUUCAAAAGGAGUUAAACUUGUGAUUGUUGACUCUGUUGCGUCUGUGGUAAGAAAGGAGUUUGAUACACAGCUUCAGGGCAACAUGAGAGAAAGGAACAAGUUCUUGGCAAGAGAAGCAGCCUCUUUAAAGUAUUUGGCUGAGGAAUUUUCAAUCCCACUGAUGUUCUUCUCAGAUGCCAGAGAGACUAGUCAUGGUUGCCAGAUGACUGGGCCCUGCUGGCUCAUCGCGGGACUGUGGCAGUGCUUGUUUCCAUGAGAGCUGGAAGAAAAGAUGCAAUGGAAAAAGCACGCGCAGUCAUUUAUAAGUAGCUGGCUAUGUAAUUCUCAGUGCCCUGUGCACCUCAAAAUGUGAACUUAAUCUGGGAACUCUUACAUCUGGGGCAUCUUUAAUACAAAUUCAAGUACCUGAAAGCUGAUACGUGAGCAGUGGCAGAGCACUUUGGUUAAUGUGUACACAUCCAGGUUUGUAGGCAUAAUCGGUGCCAUUUGACUUGGGUCAGUUUGAUUGCCAGUAGUCUAUGAGUGGGAAAGACAAAGUACCUCAUUUCUGGAGAUACUGUAAUCAUUUAGAUACUUAAGAGAUGUAUUUUGUAAAGGUAAAUCCCUUUUGGGGUGAUCAGAGAGUUGAUCUUAACUAUCAUGUAAUCUUCUAUGAAAUUUGAUGGUAGGCUCUGUUCCAGGUAGGAGUUCAAUCAAAGCCCAUUCUCAUGGUGUUUUUUAGAAGUAUAUUAAAUAUGAUAAGGUACCAAGGCCCCACAGGAAUCACAUAAAACCAGAGUUUAUAAAGAAGUUACUGAAAUGAUACCUUUGAAGUUGUUGUUUUCUCAUGGCUUCUCUGUUGCUAGAUCUGACAUGAAUUACUUGGCUACAGUAAUUGUAAUGAAAUGGAGAUUGAAUUAUAAACAUCUAUUUCUUAUAGCCUUGCAGUUUCUUUGGGCUAAUGAUGUUUUUCCAUGACUGAGUGACUUAGCACAUACUUCCCAUAGUAGCAAAAAAGAAUCAGUUUCCUUUUUUGAAUAUUCGUACUUCACUCUUAGUUUGUAUGG